CCCGAUUAAGCCAUCAACUCGAGAACUUAGAUUUCUAAGCUGUCGAUGUCGGAAAAAAAUCUUACCUUUUAUUUCGGUCAUACGGAAAGAGAGCAGCCCAUGUGGUCCGCCAUCAGAACUCCAACCCUACGGACCACUGUGUCUGAAACCCUAUAUAAACAGCGAUGCGUUUCUCCACAAAGAUCACAAAACAGACAGAGACAGAUAAACGAAAAUGGCGGUCCUUCUCUCUUUCCUCUGGCUUUUGCUCCCUGCCCUCUUGUCGUUCUUCUUCAUAAAGAAGAUCAGACAGUCCAAACUGAAGCUUCCUCCCAGCCCUCCUCAGCUUCCCAUCAUCGGGAACCUGCAUCAGCUCGGAGAUUCAGACUUACCCCACAGGUCUCUCGCCGUGCUCUCCAAGAAAUACGGCCCCGUCAUGCUUCUCAGAUUUGGGUUUGCGCCGGUGGUCGUGAUCUCGUCGAGCGAAGGAGCUGAAGCAGUUCUCAAGACCCAUGAUCUGGAGUGCUGCACUCGGCCUAAGCUUUUCGGGACGCGAAAACUCUCCCACGGUUACCGAGACAUCGGCGUCUCGCCUUACGGAGAAGGGUGGAGAGAGAGGCGAAAGCUCGCUGUCCGUGAGGUUUUCAGCGUGAAAAAGGUGCAGUCUUUCAUGGGCAUCAGAGAGGAGGAGUGUAACUUGUUGGUCAAGGAACUGACCGAAUCGGCUUCCAAGCAAUCUACGGUGAAUUUGAGCAAAACCCUUUUGUGGUAUUCAGCCAGUAUCAUAUUCAAAGCCGCAUUCGGACAGGACUUCCACACAAGCAAGAUCAUCGAUAAGAACAGGAUGGAAGAUCUUAUCUUCGAGGCAGAGACGGUUUUCGCAAGCUUGAGUUACUCUGAUUUCUUCCCCGGCGGUGUCGGUUGGAUGAUCGACUGGUUGAAAGGGCAACACAAGAGAAUGGACGAAAUCUUCGUCGAGAUGAACACAUUUUUCCAGAAAGUGAUCGACGAGCAUCUGAAACCUGAACGAUCAACAAAAGACCAGAGAGAUGUCAUCGAUGCGAUGUUGGAGAUGGUUCAAAGUCAUGGCAAAGACAGAUCUUCCAACUUCUCUGAGUUAAAUAUCAAGGCGGUUUCAGUGAAUCUGUUUCUGGCGGGAAUAGACACAAGUGCCAUCACCAUGGUAUGGGUGAUGACAGAGCUUGUGAGGAAACCGGCCCUCAUGAAGAAAGUUCAGGACGAGAUCCGAAAAUGUAUCGGCGAGAACAAGGAGAUGAUCACGCAAGAAGACGUGGAUAAAGUACAUUACUUAAAGCUUGUAAUAAAAGAAACCCUAAGAUUACACCCACCAGCUCCGAUGCUACUUCCAAGAGAAACAAUGUCUCAGAUCAAGAUCCAAGGCUACGAUAUUCCGGCAAACACUCGCCUUCAGAUCAACACGUGGGCCAUCGGACGAGAUCCCAAGUACUGGACAAACCCCGACGAGUUUAAUCCCGACAGGUUCGUCGAUAACCCAGUAGAUAACAAGGGACAGCACUUCCAGUUACUGUCGUUUGGAUCUGGUCGAAGGAUGUGUCCUGGUAUGAAUCUGGGAAUGGCCAACGUGGAAUGGGCGUUAGUGAAUCUGCUCUAUUUCUUCGAUUGGAAGUUGCCUCAAGGGAUGGCAGUGGAAGACAUCGACCUUGAAGAAGCUGGUACUCUUACCGUUAUCAAGAAAGUGCCUCUUGAACUUGUUCCUGUCCUACGCCAUUGAUGACCCGCUUGGAGUUUUUCGAAAUUUGAAUUUGAAUUUUUAAUUUUUUGUGUAUGGUUUGAAUAAUUCGUCGGUCGAUAGGAUGCGACGUAUGUUUCUUUUCAAGCUUUUUCCGAUUAAUAAUGGCAUGUAACGUUUUCAUUCUUUUGUACAAGUUUGGUUUCCUAUAAAAUGCUUGGUUGUAAUUAUACGUAUGAAUAAUAAAAUUCUUCGAUUUCCCA